CUCUCUCUCUUUCUCUCUCUUCCCUUCGGCAGCUCUGAAAGCGUUCGCGGGUGCGGCCAUGGCGGCAGCGGCUGCGGACCUGGUUUCCCUCUCGCCUCUCGAAACUUGAACAGCGAUUCCGCCACGCGAUUCUUCAAGGACCGCUCCGUUUCUUCUCGAAACUUCUAGAGAGAGAGAGAGAGAUGAUACCGCAGCAAUGGGGCUCUCCGUGCGGAAACCACUGCACGAGCAAGUUCUCCGCCCUCACUCAGAUUCCAUGGAGAGUUUUUUGCAAGAAGGCUUGUGAUGCUGAUGGAGAGACAUGGGAAGAAUGUGUGGAAGAGUGCAACGAGAUGUGUUAUAAGGACCCUGUGCUGAAGGACCGCCAGUGGAGUGCUUACAUUGAUCGCUCUCCUGGUGCUGCAACUUACUCAGAGGGAGGCACUUUGGGGAGCAGCCACUGCCCGCGACCCCAGCCUCCAUCCCUGGGCAUGCAGAUUGCUCAUAAAAACUUUCGAUGGGUUGUACAGGAAUGUUUUCAUGCUUGUGUAUCUGGCUGUGGCUACAAGUUUGGCAUUCCUCUGGAGAAAGUCGAGCAAGUUCGUCCAAACAGACCACUGAAGCCUCCUCCUCCUGUUCAGAAGGUAACUGAACCAUCUCCACAACCUAGCGUACCCUCCGAAGACAUUCCUGGCACCUCCGCCUGAGAGGCAAAGCAUCUGAGAGCUGAACUUUAGAUUUUAGUAACAACAGAUAUCCAUAGAAGGUUACAGUGGAACUCACAUCGUUUACUGCUUUCCUAAACAGCUAACUCCAACGACCAAUUUUGGCUGACUGAACCCAAUAUAUUUGCAUCGCCCAUCUGCCAUCCCGGAUUUUUAGGCUUUUUUUGUACUUCUUUCCUCUGACCUUGAGGAGAAAUUAGUAAAAAUUAUCUGAGUUGGAUGCAAUAUGUAACUUGAACCCAAAUUAGCAAUCCAGUUCGGCAUUGUUGAUGCAAACAUUAUGUGCAUCAAACGGAACGUGCUGGAGAUUCUUUACUAGUGUAGCAAAGUAUUUACCACA